UCAUAUUGAAACUUGUUGAAAAAUAUAUUAGUUCUUGAUCACAGUUUGUUUACUCUUUCUGUUAAGUUUAGUAUGAGUGUUAAUUAUGUAUAAUUUGUAAUAACAGUGUUCUAGACUAUGUUAUGAUAUGUAUGUAAAACUAUUAUUUAAUACUCCGAGUUGUCUUUACGUGGCUGAUAAAAGUUGUCACAUUAUCAUAUAUAAUCAAGAAGUUUCAUCAAAUAGAACACUGGAAUAAAAAUUAAUUAAUAUAUUUUAGUUGUCAUUGGAUAUUUGAUCAUUCUAUUGUUAUUCAAUUAUGGAGAAUGAAAUCACUAAAAAUGAGCAGUCCUCAGAAAGUAAUCGUGGUCCUUUGUCUCUGAACUCGCUUCUUAAACAGAUUGAUGAAUUACAAAUGGAGAAAAGAGAAUUCGGUUUGCAGCGUGCCAAAAUGAAAGGGUUUAUUCUGCAAAAAGAAGAGGAAUUAAGACAAAUGACUAAUAUAUCAGCUGAAUUAAAAAAAUUACAAGAUGAAUUAGAUGAAUCACAAAGUCAACAUACUGUUACUAAGUUAGAAAUGGAAGGCCGAUUAGAAGAAAAAACAAGACAAUAUAAUGAAGAAAUAUCAUCAUUGCAAAAAGUACUUGCUGAAACUCUUGAUGAAUCUAGACGACGAGAAAAUGAAAUGAAAAUGUAUAAAACUAUGAAUGAAAAGUUAGAGAAUGAAUUAAAAAAUUGUCGAAAUCAAAUGCUUAUUGGUCAACAAGGCAAUAACAUUUUGGGUGAAUCAACACAACAACAAAUACUUAAUGUGCCAGGAACAGUUUUAUCAGCUAUUGCUCGUAAGAUGACAAAUUUGGCUUCUAGCACAGAAUCUGAUGAUUCUAGAAAAUCUCAAGAUGAUGAAGAUACCGUAUACAAAACUUUAGUUGAUCCAUUGAAAGAUCAAAUUGAAGCUUUAAAAGAAAAACUAAGACAAAUGGAUUCAGAUGUUAAUUACUAUAAAGCAAAGUUAAAUAAAUCCAAAGAAGUAACAUUAGAACAAACAAAUUUAUGUGGUAAUUUUCAAGAUAAAUCUAGUGUCUCAGAAACCAAUGAUUCUACCUGCUUGAAUUCUGUGAUUGUAAACUCUUCGUCAAAUUGCAAUCAAUGUUCUAUUUUUAAAAUUUCUAAUAAUGAGUUACAAGAACACAUAAAUGAUUUAGAUAAAAAGCUACUUGCAAUGGAAAAAUUAAAAGAUGAACACGAUAAAGAGACUAUUUACCGUAAACAAAUGGAAGAAAAAUGGAAUGAAAAAUUGGAAGAACAUAAGAAUAAAGUACAAGAGCUGAAACAUUUCUCUGAUCAGUCACAUGAAGUUUUAAGUGACCUUAAACUGCAGUAUGAACAAACUGUGAAUGAAUUUCAAAAUGAACUUAAACAAUGUACUGAAAAUGGUGCUAAGAUGAAGCAACAUAUAAUAAAGUUAGAAGAAGAAAAUCAUAAUUUGAAAGAUAAACAUAUGAAAUUUUCAAUCCAGUUACAAAAUGAGGAUAUAAACUUGCCUAGUUCUGUUGGAGAACUUCAAGAAUAUCUCCUAAAACGUAAUGAAGAGUUAAUUGCAAUGUCAAUUGUUAAGGAAUCCAUUGAAGAAGAAAUGAACAGAAUAAAAAAUAGUGCUGCUAUAACUGAAAGCCAAGUGCAGAGUUUAAAUUCAACUGUUUCUUUUCUUGAAAAGCAGUUAUUAGACGAAAGAAGUCGUUUCUCUGAUGAAAUUAAAACUACUAAUAGAUAUGAAAAAGAACUCAUAAGUUGCCGCACUCAACUAGAACACGUUACCAAAAAGAAGACUGAACUAGAAACAACUGUAAUUGAACAACGCAAUAAAAUUAUGGCCCUCCAAUCUGAUUUAACUAAUAGUGAAGAAGUACAAAGAGAUUUUGUUCGACUGUCACAAUCACUUCAACAAGAACUUGAAAGAAUUCGAGAAUCAGGCACUUCUGUUCGAUGGGAACACGAAGAAGAUAUCAAUGACUGUCAUGAUUGUGGAGUUUUAUUUGUUGAUCCUAAAAUUCGAAAAGAUCAUUGCCGCCAUUGUGGAAGAAUAUUUUGUCCAUCAUGUUUGUCUAGAAUAGUAAAAAGUGGCCCUAAUAUGAGAAAUUCCCAAGUAUGCAGAGUUUGUCACACACUUUUAGUAAGAGAUUCAGCACCUUAUUUCAGUACCGAAGCUCCUCAUCAAUCUAAUUAAUUAAGAAAUCUUUGAUAGUUUACCCAAAUGGUGAUAUUAGAUUUUAGUUGUUAUUAUCAUAUUUGUUUUUAGUACUAAUUAUGAAUCAUAAAAUUUUUUAUUCUCCAAUGUGUUUUAAUUUUAAUGUUUAUAAAAUGUUGUGACUUGGUUAAAUUAAUUUUUGUGGAUUUUGGAAACUGCAGUGGGUUGAGCAGCAUUAUAAUGUUUAUAGUUUAAUAAUUUUAUAAAAAAAAUUAUAGUUAUCUCUGCUCAAUACCUUGUGCCUUCUGAAAUGUAUUUGUGUUAUACACGCAGUUGUAAUUUAUUAUUCCUAAUUAAAGACUAAUUGUCUUUUA